AUGGUUCCUGUGUGGAAAUGGACUCGUAACCUCUCUGGCUCUCCCAAACCUCGACACACCAAGAAGAUCCACUUCAUCAAAAACAUGAAGCAGUACGACACAAGAGGCAGCAGGAUCGUGCUGAUCUGUGCGAAGAGAUCUCUGUGUGCUGCCUUCUCUGUUCUGCCCUACGGAGAAAGCUUCUACCUCAGCGACCCUACAUUAAACCACACCAGGAGAAGGCACUCGUCUGGAAACAUCUCCACCACCCUGGAGAUGCUGCCGGGGCUGGAGGGCUUUCAACUGGACACCUACGGCAGGUCGGUGUCGUACGCCCAGUUCCUGUACCCCACUAACGCCCUGGAGAGGCAGAAGCCGUCGUCGACCAGCGACCUGACUCUGCAGAUUCCUGUUUCCAGGAGCACUCACAGCAUGCCGGGCAGGAGCUGCCCCCCCAGCAGACUGAACAGCACCGUGGGACUGGACUUAGCUCUGGAAGAUGUGACCGACUACGACCCUAACCUCCUCAGUGACCCCCAGUGGCCAUGUGGGAAACACAAGCGGGUGCUGAUCUUCGCCUCCUACAUGACGACGGUAAUAGAAUACGUCAAACCCUCUGAUCUGAAGAAAGACAUGAACGAGACGUUUAAGGAGAAGUGUCCUCACAUUAAACUCACCCUCAGCAAGAUACGCAGUCUGAAGAGAGAGAUGAGAGUAGUCGGGGAGGAUUGCGACAUGCAGCCCGUCACCAUCGCGAUGGCGUUCGUCUACUUUGAGAAGUUGGUGCUGCAGGGUCGACUAAACAAACAGAACAGAAAGUUGGUGUCAGCUGCGUGCAUCCUACUGGCUGCAAAGAUCAGCAGUGACCUCAAGAAACAGGAGGUCAAACACCUCAUUGAUAAACUGGAGGAGCGUUUCAGGAUCGGCAGGAGGGAGCUGAUCACGUUUGAGUUCACCAUCCUCGUCGCCCUGGAGAUGGCGCUCUACCUCCCUGAGAGCAAAGUCAUGCCACAUUACAGAAAGCUGGUGCAGCGGUCGUAGCUAGGGCACGGACAGGUCCUCGUGAUGCCUGGCUCAGAGCGACUAAGGCACUGGUACCCCCCCCCCUCCCCCCCCUCCCUGCUCACAAUGCAGUCACCAAAGCUCAGCUACACUGUGACGGCAGUACGACAGCAGUGCUCCACAGCACGGCCACACACAGAGCAUCCUCCCUCGAUGACGACACACUGUGCUCGAUGGUUUCAGUCUUAGGACGAUCGCUGAAGGUCAAAUUCAUCACAACGCUCAAAACCUUUGUCAAAGGAAAUGUGUAUUUCUCUCUCUGUUAGUAAGUCUGCUGAACUCUGAAGGAUCGCUGGUUCAAACUUGACAGAUUUAGAUCCUUUUAGAUAAAUGUAAGUUUACGUGAAGCUGUGUUCAGCAGUUCUGAGUCGUGCGUUGUAUAAUCGUGAGUGAUUGGCCGACGAACAAAAAUCGAACUAGAAGUGCGUUUUUUAAAAGACAUUUUCAAACUCUCACCCAAUCGACUCGCUGCCACGGGGCAAGAUGUUCUCCAGACGUCUGUGUGCUUCAGGUCUCCUGUGUUUAGGUUUCACUGCCUCUGCAGCGCCGUGAGCCAAAGUUACUGAGACUGUGAUCGUUGAGAAGCUAGACAUAAACGUAACGUUUCUUAAUUUGAUGUAAAUGUGCCGACGCUGACUGAACACAAAGUUUUGUGCAUUUGACAAUCACUUAAUUUGAAAGCAUCCUAAAUAUAGUAAUAAUAUUAGUGAGUGUUUUCAGCUACUACAGCGACGAUAUCGCCAACGUCGUUAUAUUUUUGUGGAAUUCAAUUUAAGCCGGCUGCUUCUGAAUCAUCAGCAUGACUCUCGGUCUCGUCUUCACUGCUCUGAUUCUGUGGAGCUUCGUCUCAGCUCUUCACUGUAUCACACGCGUAGAUGUUUAAGUGCCUUGCCUCAGGGCCGCUGUCAGAACAGCAGUUGGAGACUUUGUCUUGACCCCUCUUCUCUGUUUCGACCUCCGUCUGGCUCUCAUGUUGUGGUUCCGGCACCUCGCUGCUUUGGUGUGAGCGAUCAGCUGGUGCGUCCUUUAAGCUGCGGGGAUGAGAAGCUUCCAGGUCGCCCUGAAACAGAUGCAACCAUCACUGUUGUUGUCGCUGCUGCAGCUUCUCGUGUCUUCAUGUUUCUUCAUGAGUUUCCCCAUCCUGUUUGCUUCUUUAGAGGUCACAGAAGCACCAGUGUCCCAUUGCAAGAGUCUAUGUCCGCGAUGGUCUGCAUUCCAAGCCUCUUCUCUUCAAGGCUUCUUCAGAUGCAACCUGUAAAAUGCUGCCGUCCUUUGCCCGUUCGUUCGGGCGACGCAAACGGUGUUUCAGUUUCAUUUUGAGCAUCUUUAACGUCCCAAAGACGUGGAAACCUUGUGAUAUUAUGAUGGAUCUGGAACGCAACUCUGCUGACGUCACACAGCAGCAGAGGCUCGAUGGUUUGAUUAGUCAAUUGAUGGAAAAUUAAUCUAAAAAAAAAAAAAAAGCUUCACGUCGCUGAUUAAAGCUCCUCAAAUGUGAACAUCUACGAUAUUAAAUGAAAUAUCUUUGCGUUUUGAAAUGCCGGUUGGACAUGUUAACUUGAGCUUAUUGAUGGUUAUUUAUCACUUCUUUACAGACCAAACAAUCAAGAAAAUAAAUGACAAAGUGUUAAUAAUGGCAGCUGUAGAGACGUGAUGUUGUGAUGUUGUUGUGAUGUUGUUGUUAAGGUGACUGUAAAGGCAUCAUGGUUGUUUCUCAGAGGAACUCGUAGCUACAGACUCCCUCGUUCUGUCUGCACUGUGAAACAUCGACUACCAAAAAGAUCUUUCUGUUCAUGAACUACCUUUUAGAAAAACUACCUUUCACUCAAAUAUUAUUUAUUCUGUUUUUACUGUAACAAAUAUUUAACCAAACGGAGACUUCUGACGAGAUGUUUGUGUCUGUUGUUUCUCCGUGCAGCAGCUGUAAACCAUCAGGACACAGUGGAACAUUUUAUCCGUGCAAACGACGGCACAAACACUCUGCAGAGCCUCUGUUGUUGUUUUGCACUUUGCCUUUUUGCUUCACAAUCCUGAGUCUUUAUUUUAUGACUAAGUAACGAGGGUAAUAGUAUUUUUCUACGAUAAAUGUGUGACAUUAAUGUAUUGCUAAUAAUCCUCCAGAUGAAGAAUCGGAGAAGAUGAUGCAAAGAAGAAAAAUAUUUUAUUCUUAUUCUUCAUCUUGAGGUUUUUCACAUCAACGUUCUUCCACUGAUGUUGUUUUUCUCUCGUGUGUUAAAGGGACUUUGUUGUAUUUUGGAGUCUGGGUUCCUCUUCUGCACUGCAGUGAUGGAGCAGAAGAGCUGACGGUGCUCACUCAGUGACGGGUCUGACGUGGUGUUUCAGGUCGUCUUUGUCCCUUUAAAGUUUAGGGUUCAAGUUCAGGGUUGUUUCAACAAAAUGUAUCUGAGCCAAUCAUCUGCAUGCAUGUGCAUCUAGUGCUGCAGGAAGAUGCACAACGUCCAGUAGGAAGAGCUUUCAUUCGCCUGGGGAGCUAACUCGUGUCAGGAAUGAAGGAAGGCCAGUCUUACGGCACUGGGUGGAGUUCAGGUUCAUGAGGACUUAAAGCAUAAAGCUGGUGAUAUUUAGAUUUUACUGUAAACAAAUUCCAUGAAAAGACUAAAAUCAACCAUGUGUCUCUCAAAACUUUGGUUUCUACUGAAUAUGUAAAUGUGAAAAAAGAAACGGCUCAUUAAUGCUUCUCAGAUAUGAGGACUUGAAAAUGUUUUAGACAGUUGGUCAAACACAACAAGCAAUUUUCAAUACAGGGACAUUUAAAAUGAGCAAAUUUAUCUAUUUUAUUGAUCAAAUAAAUAAUCCAAGAGAAAAUAAUCUGCAGAUUAACGGAUAAUAGAAUUAUAUUAUUAGCUGCAGUCCUCAUGUGGAGUUCGCUGUGACGCUAGUUUAUUGUUGUUCUGUUCUGGUAAAUGAAACCUGAAAGAUGAGAAAAGACUCGAUCACAAACAUUGAAAGAUGUUCAGCAGAAAUAUAAAAUGAUUUGUAGUUUAGGAGCAGAAACUGUAUGUGCUUCUUCUAAAGACCGGGGUCUGGGUCUCCGUUUUCUCUCCUGCUCCAAUUUAAGGUAGUGAAGAAGAGCCCAUGCUUCACGAUUUGCACUGAGACACUUGAGAACAGAGUCGCAUAUUCAAACUGUUUUCUCUGUGAAAUCAUUUUGUCAAUAAACAGCAGAGCUUUUGUUAACGUUGGGGAAAUAUGGAAGACGUUAAUGAACUAUAACAGAAGUAUGAGACUCUGCUUGAGAGCAGAAACGAUCACACGAUCUUCCAAAGUCGUCUUCUCUACAUUAGAGAUUUGUGGUAUUGAUUCUAUGCAGCUUUUAUACUGUCAGCUGACCUGCGUCCUCCGUUUACCUGUGAUGUGCCACAGCAUUCAUUUCCACCUCUUUUCUUUUUUAAAGCUCACAUGUUGUAUCAGUUUAUUGUUUUGUAUUCAUUAUUAUUUUAUUCUUCUUUGAGCACUGUAAGGCUGAAAAAGGGAAAUAUUAACCGAGUGUUUGUCUUCCAUUUCUAAUUAUAGUUUUUUACAUUUUAAAUUAAAUUAAUUUGUUUUUUGUACGUUUUCGUCUGAUCAUUUUUAUGGAACAUGCGGUCGAGUCAUCACAUAAAGUUAAUCUGUGGAAAUAUUAUUUAUGUUGUUUUGGGUUCAGCUGUGUAGCGAUGCAGAUAAACACAACAGAGGUUGGGACAUCAACUCGUGACGAGAGUAGUUCAUAUAUUUUGUAAUGUGUUUGCAGUGUCUUGUACCGACUAUAUUGUCCACAGCUGCUGUUUAUAGUGUAGUCGUUACACUAGGACAGUUUGCUAUUCAACUCAACACUGGAGGAGAUCAGUGGAUGGAAAUAUUUAAUGAAAUGUUUUGUAAAAGAUGACCAUAUACUGUGUAAACUGCCAAUGUUCAAUGUCAAGUUUAUUUUCAUUAAAUUAUGUAAAUGAC